AUGGCUUUCAAAAGACUCAUUGGCACCAAACCCACUUCACAUGUCCACGCACAAGACAAUCACAGCAAUGCUAAAGAGCCUAAUAAUAGCUUUCCAACCAGACUGAUUCCACAAAUCCAUGACACCUCAAAUGACCAGAAGGACUUAUACACACUAAUGGGUGAUAUGAGCCCGCCAAAGAGCGGAUUUUUCAGUAAGACCAGAUUGAACAGCUUCUCAAAGAAGAACGGAAAUUCAAAGCAUGUCAAUAUCAAUGGCUUGGCUGAUGAGACAAAGGCUCCAAAAGAUCAGCUUAUUGCUUCAAAUCCAAUAGAUGAUGAUCGUACGAAAAUGCCUGCUCAUCGAGGUCUGGAGGCUGCUGUUGAAGAUGAUCUUCAUAAUAAUUUGGUUAAUGGUCUUUCAGGAUUGUCGCUAUCGGAAAAAUAUCGUGAAAUGUAUGAUGAAAAUGAGAGUGCCGUGGAAUUUACCGAUGCAAUAAACUCUGAAGGAAAUUGGGAAAAUCAAAAUAUGGUGGGAAUUGAUAUUGAAAAUGAAGAAAAUAGUGUGACAUCAUUUGAUGCUGAUCAUAUCAAAAAAACUUUUGGGCUGGCUAGUCUUGGUAUAGGCGAUGCUAAUGCCCUUGUUUUUAACCCGACGGAUUAUAAUAAUGAUCAAGCAAGUAGGAAAACCACUAGUACUACCACCUCUGUUGCUACUACAGCUAUUCCUUUUCCGGAAUCGGUCACCAAUGAUACAAACAACGUGAAUGGUAUUAAUUUGGAGAACAUUGGGGGAGAAUCAAAAUCAGCCAAUAAACCCGAAAGAGAAAAUCCAAAAACUUUAUCUGAGCCAUUUGUACCAAAUUCUUCCCCCAAAAUACAACGGUUUGAGCCUAAUGGUGUCGAAGAGAUCAAUUUUGAUUUACCUUUUGGCGAUGGAUCGAUGAAAAUCUACGGUAUGGAGAAUUUUGGAGCCAGCUGUUAUUGUAAUUCAAUUGUUCAAAGUUUGUACUACACUCCAUUAUUCAGGAAGUAUAUCUUGUCUUUGCCUAGUGAAUUAAAUGAUGAAAUUCUUAAAGAUGAAAGGAUAAGGAAAACUGAAAUGCCAGGCUCAAAGACCCACCAUUUUACGGCUGCCGUCAAAAACAACAAGAUUGAUUCGGAGACUGGUGAUUUGGUAGAUAAGGCUAAAGAUGCUAAUAAUAAUGGUAAUUCUAAUAGUAAUGAUAACAACAAGGAUAAACAUGAAUCUCAAAAUAACAGUGAUGGCACUAAAAUUGGAAGAAGAAUGUCGUUCUUUGGAAAGAAGGAUAAAUCAAAAGAUGAUAGGAGCUCUAACAACACAUCAAGAAACAACAGUAUUUCAGUAAAUUCCAACAAUGAUGAUAAUUCCAAUCAACCUGUCAACAGUGUUACCUCCUCGACACUCUAUACGCUAGCUCAUGACGGACAUCUUCAAUCCGGUGAAACCAUCAUUUACCGUUCUAAAUCAAAUAUUCCAGGUUUGAAAGACUUAAAACUCGGAUUCGAAGUUUCUAAUAGAAAUGUUACGGUUGUUGGUGUUGUUGAUGAUCCGAAUGCCACUGCUGAACAACGAAAGCGCAGAGCACUAAUUGAUGGUCCCAUUUUGAACCUUGAUAGCUCCCUUACUGCGAAUCACUCAGAGACUAUGUUUGAUGCCCUUAAGGAUAUCUUUGAAUGCAUGGUGGAAAAUUCCAGCCAGAUUGGAGUGGUUUCACCAAUGCAUUUGGUGGAGGUAUUGAAGAAAGAAAACGAAUUAUUUAGAAGUAUGAUGCAUCAGGAUGCUCAUGAAUUUUUUAAUUAUUUACUUAACAGUGUUUUUGAGCAAAUUGAUGUUUAUUAUGAAAAGAAGAAGGAACAAUUACAAAAGCUCAAAGUAGAUAAAAAAACAUACGACGCUCAAGCCUCAAUAUUGAACAAAGAAAUGAAAUUUUCCAGCGAAUUAUUUGAGGGAUUGUUGACUUCACAAACUAAGUGUCUUCGUUGCGAAAGGAUUUCAUCUCGUGAUGAAAAGUUCCUUGAUUUAUCAAUUGAUACCGAGCAUAAUUCUUCAGUGACUGCUUGUCUCAAACAAUUUUCGAAAAAAGAAAUCUUGUGUGAAGAUAAUAAAUUCUAUUGCGAAUAUUGCUCAUCAUUACAGGAGGCAACUAAGAGAAUGGUUGUUAAGAAAUUGCCGAAAAUUUUGACCCUCCAUUUAAAAAGAUUCAAAUAUCUGGAAAAAUUGAACAGAAACACAAAGUUAUUCCAUAGAGUUAGCUAUCCACUCUAUUUGAGACUUUUCAACACACUUGAUACCGAAGAUGCAAAUACAGAUGACAAAAUUUAUGAACUCUAUUCUGUGGUGGUUCAUAUUGGCGGUGGUCCUUACCAUGGCCAUUAUGUCUCAUGUGUCAAGACUGAACAUUCUGGCUGGUUGUUGUUUGAUGAUGAGACUGUGGAAUCUAUCGAUGAAAACUUUGUAUUGAAAUUUUUUGGUGAUGGUCCAGGCUUGGCUAGUGCAUAUAUUUUACUUUAUAAAGAAAUUACAGAGGAAGAAUAUUUGAAAAAGACGUUAUUCCAGGAUUUAUGCUUGGAAUUGGAAGAUGAAUUGGCCGAGGAAAUGAAUUAUCAAAAUACUAGGGAAUUCAAAAAUGGCAAUUCUUAUGCCCAUAACCAUUCAAAAUCUAGGACCGGAUCCACAUCGUCCAACUCUAGACCACCAUCAUCAAGAGGAAGCAAUAAUAAAGAUACCGGCAUCAUCCACGAGGAAAAAAUUAUUGGUAAUUUCAAAAUACCAGACCUCAGCAAGCGAAAAGAGUCCAUCACAGAAACCCCAGAGACAGAAUAUCCUGGUCCAAUCAGACCUAUAAAUAUCCCCAAGAAAAAAAGUUUUGGAGCAAUUAGCCCGCUUUCACCAGGAACUAUCAUUCAUAACAGCAGUAGCACCGGAAAGGAGGAGGAAACUCAGAGUAAAUCCUUCAAAAGAACAAAGUCAAUAAGUUUGAAGUCGCCAAUCCAUGCAUCUUUCAAGUUUGGAUCGCUUAAUGGUAUUUCCAAUGGAGAUGCGAACAAAGGUCGUGAAUCAAAUGAUACCUCUACUGCUCUGACAUCAACCAAUGAAAGUCAAAACGCGGAUGCCAUUACUUCAGAGCUAAAGGAUGGUGAUGCCCCUAAUGAUAAAGCUCCUGAAGAUGAAGUUCCAAAGACAAAAAGAAAAUCUAUCUUCGGAUUUAACAAGAAACCAAAAUCUAAAAAGUAA